AUGAAUGAAUCGGAUUCGGCGCUUGCUGGCGUUCUGCGCGACAGGCAGGGUGGAGCGUCGGUGUAUUUAAAGCUUGUCCGUCGUCGUCGGCGUCCGCACAAGCAUCCGAGCGUCGGGACGCUUUCGCACACGCCACAUAUCACCCUCCAGCGUCGGCCGGCGACCGCCAGUGAUCGCAGAGUAAGUCCAGAAGUGCAACAGCCACCCACCGACGCGGAGAUGUAUCUGUGCAGCGUCGCGACGUUCUUCUGCUGCUGGGCUAUUGUCUUAGUAAAAACUCAUCCGCACAUCUUGCCAUCUCUGCAUGCCGGUGAUCAACACGUAAAGACUACAAGCGGGACAAGAUCCAAGAACUUCGCUGAAUUGCUGCGUACGAAACGAAGCGGUGAUCAUGUCAUAGCAGAUUGUAUCCACAUGUCAUCCGAAGAAGGUCAAUACUACUACAAAGCGCACAGCCAACAAGAGGGGAACACCUGCGGCGUUUACUUCUUCACCGAUCCGGACAAACGAAUCGAAUUGCAUUUUAACUAUCUGGACGUCGAGUGUGACAACGGCGGAUUAGUUUCGUUUGUUGAUGGCUGGGAGUUGAACGGGCAGUUCUUCCCUAGUCCGGAAGAUCAUCCGAAGCCAAUGUCGCAACGCUUCAGUGAGUUUUGUGGCGAACGAAAGAUUAAGCAAUCGUUUGUCAGCGCGCAGAAUGUCGCUCUUGUCCAGUACAGGAUGCCGUCGCAAACGAGCAGCUUUAGCUUAACGGUGCGAUUCGUCAAGAACACGACGCCCUGCAAUGUACUACUACAAGACGUCGAGGACGUAUACACGCUUCGCAAUUAUGGCAGACGAAGUAAUUGCAGCUUCAGUGCGCUAUUUCCGGCCGCUGUGAGGGUGCUGUCAGUAAACGUGGGGGUAACAUCACGAGAUGGACGCAGCGUCGAAUUGGAAACGGGCACUCUGCACAAGUGCCAAAAACGAGGAUUGGACGAUUACGCACAGAUCGGCGGUUCAUCCGGUCUGGAUAAUGCGGGACUGAUGUUAGCAGACUCGGUGUGUGGCAUGGAUUCCAAGCCAGGCAAAAUAACGGAAUUAAUCGGUUGUGGCACCACUACCAUAAGACUGGUAUCGAGCGGCGGUUUUGAUAACUCGGUGACGAUUGCCAUGCGGCAACUCACCGAGCAAGACUUCUCUGGUUACAUUUCCGUCAUGUGUCCUCUAGAAGGACUUAAGAAAUAAAUUAACUUCAAAGAGAAAAAGUCAUAAAGUAUGGAAACUUGGGAAGUCAUACCACAAACAGCACUAAAAGAACAAACAUUUCCCCAAUGAAUAUUCCUACAACUAGGACAAGUAUUAUUAUUAUUAGUAAUUAAUUUAUUAAUCUAAUAGACGUACAUAUUUCCGAGUGGUAGCACAGCUAAAUUUGGACCGUACCAGAAAAGAAUAGUAUAUAAUAUCUAUUGCAAUAGAAUUAGGCAGAAAACAAACUUAGCACAAUCAUAAAAUUCCCUACAAUUCUUUUUUCUUUGAUGUGUCUUUAUAUCUGAUUCCACUUUGAUUUUUUGUGACUUAUUUAUUAACUAUAUGGUAUUCCAAGAUGAGUGUGUAUUCCUAUGUACAAAUAAAAUACAAAUAAACGUUAAAUAAAGACGUUUCAAAUUAGCAA